UUUUUUUUUUUUUUUUUUUUUUUAUAAUAAAGUCGAGACAAUUCUUCUAACUUUAUUUUUCUCAAUUUUCAUUUAAACCCUAAAUCAGUUCUUUCUUUUUGGUCCCAAAAUUAUUCAUUUUUAACUCAAAUUCAUACUGUUCAAUUUCAAUCUUACCACAUUUUAAUAUUGUAGUUUCUGGGUUGUUUCUCUUUUCCAUCAAAACCCUAUUUUUCAUUUAAAAAUUCAAUCUUUUCAACAUUACCAAUGGGUGGUGAUGAUGAUGCGCCAUUUUUGAAGAACCCCAUAUCAGAAGAAACCCUCAAAUUACUCUUUGAUGUUUCCACUUGGUUUUUUAUCUCUUGCAAAACUUGGAACAAAAGAGGUUUCUGAUGGAAAUAAGGAAAAGUUUUACGAUCGUUUGUGCUAAGUUCCUUUGACAAUAAGAAUUUAUGAAUUUAGGAGAAUUUUCAAAAGUUUAUAAUCCAAUAAUGAAAAGCAAAAUUGAGGUAUAAAUUACUUAGGCUUAUUGUAAAAUAAGGAUAGACAAAGUAUUUUCAUACAAAGAAACAAAAUAUAGAAAAAGAACAAUAUGCUUCUGGUUAGUUUGUAGUUUAUUACCCGAGUUUGAACUUUGAUUGGAACAAUCCUUGGCCAUAUUUUAGUUUUGCCUACCUCUUGGUGAAAAUAUAGAUUUUAGUGCACCCUUUCCCCCGAGAACUACUAUUGGUUAAGUAAAAAAAAAAAGGUCCUAUUUGAAAAUUUACAUUUUGCAAAACACAACGGCAUUAUGUCAUUCUUGUAGUAGACACACCUCAUGGGAUAAUUCUUCUUGUUGCUGCUGCUUCUAUAUUUUGCUAUGCUGUCAUGAAUUAUUAGUUCCCGUGUAAUUUGCUGUGCUGCCAUGUUUCGUGACCUGAGUGUCAUAUUGGUUUCUUAUGUUUUUUAAGUUGUGACACUGACUUCUUCUUCAACUGAAACCAGCUAGUUUUGGCGAGAAUUGGAUAAAGUUGCUUCUUUCAAGAAUUUGCCUUGAAGAGUCUCAAUUGCCUGUAUUGUUUUCUAAGUUACAGUUUAAGGAUAUUCUUGACUGUGAAGAUACCAAGUCUAGAGAUGACCAGUUUUCAUCUGAACAAGUGUUUCUUCUGCAAAUACUAUCGGAAAUUUUGAAUGAGCGAAUCGGAGAUGUUACUAUUUCAAAGGAUGUUGCAUUGUUUGUUUAUGGAAUAUUCAAGAAAUCUAUCGGGGUUCUUGAGCAAGAAGUUAGAGGCAAGUCUGGUCUUCCCAGUGGCAUUACUGCAGUCGAUGUUCUUGGCUACUCUCUUACUAUGUUGAGGGACAUCUGUGCUCAUGACAGUAUCCGAGGUGACGAAGAUGAUGCAAACAAUGUUGUCGAUGUGUUAUUGUCAUAUAGCCUCGUCGAGUUGCUUUUGAUUCUGCUUGGGGACCUUGAACCUCCGGCAAUAAUCAGGAAAGGAAUCAAACAAUCUGAUAAUCAAGACGGUGCUAAUUGUUCCUCGAAACCAUGCCCUUACAAGGGCUUUAGGAGAGACAUAGUUGCACUUGUUGGCAAUUGUGUGUAUAGAAGAAAUCAUGUACAAGAUGAAAUCAGGAGUAGGAAUGGAAUUCUACUGCUAUUGCAGCAGUGUGUUACCGAUGAAGACAAUCCUUACCUGAGAGAAUGGGGCUUAUGGUGUGUUAGGAAUAUAUUGGAGGGCAAUGAGGAAAAUCAAAAGGUAGUUGCUGAGUUGCAGCUGCAGGGAUCUGCUGAUGUGCCUGAAAUUUCUGCACUUGGUCUUCGAGUCGACAUUGAUCCAAAAACUAGGCGUGCAAAGCUUGUAAAUGUCCCAUGAAAUAACUAGGUUGUAUAAGCAUGUUAUUGUUAAGGUUUUUACCUGGUCUUUAUUUACUCGUACAAUGUCUUUAGUCUUUAUUUGGUUGGAUUUCAGUUUAGGGUUUUUUUUCCUCCUUUUCAAAUUGAAACUGCUGUUUCUUCUGUUAAUGAAGCUCAAAGAAAAGUCAUAGUUAGAAUAGAAAAUUUUAGAUUUGAUAAUAUUAGCUCGUGUUCCUGUCAAUUCUUGCAACAAUUUAUCAAGCAACCUCUGAAAGAGCAGGAAGAAUAGUUAAACUGAAAGAUACAAUCUCCAAAAUCAUGUAACAGAACAUAACCUUAUCAAAUUGGCAUGACAGCUAUGUUGUCAUAUAACCAUAUUAUACUUGGUAGCACCAAUAGAGUCAACUAGUUAAGGGAUAAAAUGAUGAUUAAUUGAUUUUCUGUUUUCUCUGUAUAUGUUUUGAAGCUCGAAUCCAUCAACAUGUAUUAUAACCUGACAUCAAUUCUUUAUGAACUAACUAUGUAGAUCCAUGGAUAUAUAGGAUGUUACUUUGAGCAGAACAAUUGAUGACUGCUUCUUGCCACCCGAGAGCCUUGAAUGUGUACGAAGAAAAAAAAGUCUUUUUCUCACAUCCGGAUAAAUAAAUCCAGUUAAAACAUUUUUUUUUUCAAUUCGAAUGGAUAAAUAUCUGGACGCGAGUGGUUUUAUAAAUUAUGGAGAGAGUAGCUCCGAAAUUUUAAUUAUUAAAAAAAACUUUUAUGUCAACAAAUGUUUAGUUUACUUUUUAUUGUCAAAAAGUAAUAUUAAUUUUUUUGACGGAAAAAGUAAUAUUUAGUUUAUAUUUGACAAAAUCCUACAUUACAUUAAUUGUGUGCAGAAACUAUUUACAAUUCUUCCUUUCACAAUGAAGUUAGUUUAGUUAGUUAUAUAUCUGUUACUGUUAGUUAAAUUCAGUUAUAUAUCAGUUAGUUUAGUUAGUUAAAUUCUUGUUAUUUUUCUGUUUUCAGUUAGUUUUAUAUACCAGUUGAUUAAUUCUCAUUCCAAUUCAUUCAUUCAUUCAUCAUUCUUCCACAUUCAUAUUUUGAUCUCCACAAAUUUCCUUUUCUCUAAUCACAUUUUCUUCUCCUAGUUUGAGUGACUUCUACAACCCAAGAAGUGAAACCACAAUAUCAUCAUGUUUCAGUGGCUUACAAAUUUACUAUGUGCUUGCACAACCAACACAAGCAAAAACACCGUCGACAUUAAUGAAUUUGAUGAAGAUCCUUUAGGGUGGUCGCGGGACCUGCUAGAACAUCGAUUGGGCGAAUUCUCCAUGGCUGCGGUUAAGGCAAAUGAUGUUAUGGAGGACCACAGCCAGCUUGAUGUUGGCAAGAAAGCACUCUUUGUUGGAAUUUAUGAUGGCCAAAAUGGUGCUGAGGCAUCCAACUUCUUGAUUACUAAUCUCUUUGAGAAUCUAAUGAGGAUUAUUCAGGAAAAUAAUAAUAAUGUAUCUGAAAAUAUUCUGAGGCAAGUUGUUGCUGAAAUGGAGGAAUUGUUUAUUACUGAUGUUGAAGAGGGUAAUCAACAACAGCCAGAGCUAGCUCUAGUAGGUUCAAGUUGUCUGUUUUGUAUCGUAUGGAGAGGGAGGCUAUAUAUCGCUAACGUUGGAGACUCUCGUGCUGUAAUGGGGUCUUUGGAUCCAUUUGAUAGACUCAAUGUUCGGCAGUUGGUCGAAGAUCACAAUGCUCGUAACAGGCAUAUUAAAAAAGAACUCAAGAAGUUGCAUCCAAAAGAUCCGACUAUUGUGUCGUAUAAUUUUGACGCAUGGCGUGUUGGAGGCAUAAGUGAAGUAAGCAGAUGUAUAGGAAAUGCAUAUUUGAAGCGGGCACCGUUCACUUUAACCUCACCCUUUCGAGUCCCACAGUCGGAACUUGCACCUUCUGAUUUUACCCAACCUUUGCUAUCAGCAGAACCUGCAAUAUCUUCAAGAGUCUUAAAUGACGUUGAUAAAUUCAUUAUAUUUGGAUCUGGUGGACUUUGGAAAUUGUUGUCAAAUUGGCAAGCAGCUGAAAUUGUUCACACCAAUCCACGCGAUGGAAUCGCGAAAAGGAUUUUGAUGACUGCUCUACAGAUUGCAGCUAGAAGAAAUAAUAUGAGCUAUAGUGAGCUUUCGAAGAUUCCUACGGGACAUGGUGUUAUUAGGGGUCCUAGUGUUUCUGUUGAAGGGACUAGGCGGGCUUAUCAUGAUGAUAUCUCUGUGAUUGUUGUAUUCUUCGACAAAAAGCCGGAACUGAAUCCGACUGUGAUGCCAGUGGUGACCUCGAUGCCAGGAAUUGAUUCCUUCAGAGGCUUCGAUGACUCGAUUCAUCCAUCACCUUUUAGAUAUCUUGAUGAUGUCUCUGAAGCACAUCAAUACCUUGAGACGAUUGUCUGACACGAUUCAUCCAUCACCUUUCAGAUAUCUCAUGUUGUCUUUGAAGCACAUAAAUAGAGUUGGUUCAUUCACUCAGUUUUGAGACAAGGAAUAUUAUGUCUAGAACUGUAUAUAGGAAAUAAACUUGAGUGACUCUGCCUAGUUUUUGAAAAAACUAGUUCAAAUUGUAACAUUGCACAUCGUUUAACAUCACUCAAUUGUCUUUUAUAAUUACAUACAUUCUACAUAAACAGAUUUUUAUAUUUGUACAUAUUUCAUUCAGUCUUUCAUAUUCAGAUUUUUAUUCUUUUUUUCUCUCCAA